GCGUCAAAUGGAAUGCGGAAAACUGGAUUGCGGAAAACAAGCCAGGCAGGACAGGGAUCCUUCAGUCGGUGGUUCGCAGAAACAAAUUCAACGAGACCUCCAAAUGGCGUUGACACCGGCGGUUACGUUAUUAAGUGAGAAUUCAAAUGAAGUCUUCUUUGAUGUAUGCAAGUUGUUGCUUUCAUACGCCGACAAUAUUUUAAGGAACCCCAAUGUGGAAAAAUACCGAUCAAUCCGUAUAGGCAAUCCGACUUUUUCUACGAAGCUCCUGCCGAUCAACGGUGCUGUGGAAUGCCUCUUCGAGAUGGGCUUUGAGGAGUCUGACACACACUUGGUAUUCCCAAACUCUUCCUCAUUGGACCAACUGAAGGUAAUCAGGGAGUCUCUAGCUGCUCAAAGAGACCAGAGACUGAUUGGAGGGCAACAUCGUCCCCUUCCGGCAGCGAGCCAAGAAGCCUCAGCACUUCCUGUACAACCGUUACUCACGGUGAGCAGAAAGAACUUCUUUGUGACUCUUGAGUCUAACUUCCAACAUGUGCUGCUCUACGAAAAACCCGAGAUUCAGCAGAAAGCCAGGAGCUACAUUCCUUACACGCAGCUAUCCUUGGCUGCCGAUCAGAAGCUGAAGUUAGCUCAAGAGGCUGAAACAGAAUGUAAACUAGGAAAAGACGACUUCGUGGUGCUGGAGUUGCUUCGGUGGUUCAAAUCCCAUUUCUUCUCCUGGGUCGACUGUUUGCCCUGCAGCAGUUGCGGAGGCCCCACCCAGAAUAGGGGCUCGCUCGGUCCUACCGGCGACGAUCUACGCUGGGGAGCCCAGAGAGUGGAGAACCACUACUGUCAGAGGUGCCAGUUAAGCACCAGAUUCCCUCGCUAUAACAACCCGGAGAAGCUUCUCCAAACCAGGAGAGGGCGCUGUGGGGAGUGGGCCAACUGUUUUACCCUGUGUUGCAGAGCUCUCUCCCUUGAAGCCAGGUACAUCUGGGACAGCACAGAUCACGUAUGGACAGAGGUUUACUCGGUGUCGCAGAGCCGUUGGCUGCACUGCGAUUCGUGCGAGAACGUCUGUGAUCAACCUUUACUCUAUGAGGUCGGCUGGGGGAAGAAACUGGCCUAUAUUCUGGCUUUCUCACGAGACCAGGUGGUUGAUGUGACGUGGAGGUAUUCCUGCAAGCAUCCAGAGGUUUUGUCAAGAAGGACCAAUGUUGAGGAGACUUGGCUGCUGCACACCAUAAUUGGGCUCAACGCCUUGAGACAGCGAUCCCUCGGUACGGACAGGAAAUUAGAAUUGACACAACGCUUACUUGUCGAGCUUGUGGAAUUUAUUUCCCCCAAAAUAGCGAGACAAAGUGAACUGGGAGGACGCGUCUCCGGGUCUCUUGGCUGGAGGAUGGCGAGAGGAGAAACGGGACAUGCAGAUUCAGGGAAUAUCAAGCAGGGUGCCGCUUAUGUGUUCACGCCCACCGAGAAAGAAAGGAGAGACAAGUUGAUCCACGUGUCGUACAAUGCCGCUAAAGACCAAUACUGUCGCAUCUCUAAUGACUUUGAGACCAUCCACUGCUGGGAUCAAUGUGUGUGGCAGAAGGAGUCUGUCUUUAGGAAGCUGGAAAAUGACUGGCACAUGGUAUAUAUUGCUCGAAUGGAAGGCUCCUCUGUAGGACGGAUAAGCUGGAAAUUUGACUUUGCUCCAUCCAAAUUAACAGUAAAGUCUGUCUCAAUCAGGGCCAGCAGCCAAACAUUCCAUUUUGGCAAUGUCAGCUGGCUCUUGCAAUCGGGCACGACGGCGACUGAGUUUUCUGGAGAUGGGAGCAUGCAGUCCUUCCAGUGUUUGAACGGUUCCUCUGAGUUUACUGUCACUGCACAGCUCAGCGGUGGGGAAGGGAACGUCUCAUGGCAGCACGCUCAGCUGUUCAGACAAAGUCUGAAGGAGACAGAAGAGUCUCCGUUUGAAAUGAUCAUUCGCCUUCAAAACGCAUGAAUAUCAAAAAGUAUUUCAUUAUAGCUGAGUAUUAUAUUUGUUUUAUUUUUUGAAAUGUAUAGUAUAUUUCCUGAGUCCUCUGACGCAGAGCCGAGUUUGAUCAUCAACAGUACUGACAAGGUCAAUGGCAACAAAUGACUAGCACUUGCACUUCAAGCCAUAGCUAUACCGUUAGUGUGCGCUAACCAACCACGGGUUCACUUACGGCUCUUAACACAAUGUAAGAAAUGGUGUUAAUAAAUGUUCUUGGAUAACUUC